AUGGGUAGCAGUAAAGGGGACAGGUCACGAUCAAGGUCUCGCUCCCCCCACCGAUCCGACUCCCCAAACAACCAAUCACCCAGAUGGACUUGUAAGAAUUGUAGUAACGAGAAUGAUAUAAAUAGAGAGAAGUGUUCAAAGUGCAAACUCCCUAAGGGUAAAGAUAAGAAAGACGUGUUCACGGAAGACUGGGAAUGCGACAAAUGUGGCUCUAACAACUUCUCACGCCGGAUAGACUGCUUCAAAUGCCACGCCCGCAAACCUCCAAUAGACCCUAAACAUCCCAACGACUGGGAAUGUCGGAAUUGUAAAGGAAACAACUUCAGCCGAAGGAUAGACUGUUUCAAGUGUGGUGAGCCAAAGCCGAGGUUCAUAUCAUCUACGGGAGGACCUGGAGGACCUGGAGGAGCUGGUCCUGGCGGGCAGGAAGCUAGAGAUGGGUCGUGGUUUUGUGACUGUGGGGUCCUGAACUACUCCCGACGCACGGACUGCUUCAAAUGUCACCUCCCUAAACCCAGAAGCUACAACUCCAGCAACAACCGAUCUCACCAGCCGUCUUAUCAGGCGGAACAGCGAAUCAACAUGUCAAGGAUCAGAUCACCCACCCCUGAGAGAGGAUACAGACAGAGAUCACCUAUCAGGUUUAAUCCCGGAGCAAUCCCGGAGCGCGCGCCGGACGUAGAUCCUUUAACAGGCGAAGCAGAGUGGCCCUGUCCAGUUUGCGGAGUCAAUAACUUCUACAAGCGGUUCGACUGUUACCGCUGCUUUGAAAAGAAGCCGCUUGAUGGUGUUAUGGUACGAGAAGGUAGAGCCUACUCAGAGCCUCCACGUGACCACACAGCCCCACGUGACAACCCUUACAUAGAACCACCACGUGCCACCUACUCUGCUUACAAACCCCAGUCCUCACCUCCAGAUGGUCCCCUCAGUAUCCCAAAGAAGAGGUUUCCUACUGAUUGGAUAUGCCCGGAUUGUCACGGGUUGAACUAUAGUAAGAGGACGGAUUGUUUUAAGUGUCAUCUGGCUAAGCCGGAAGAGGGCCACGGUAUUGAUUCAAGAAGUCUAGAAAAGUCGAGUAGACCGGUACGGGACGGUGAUUGGACCUGUGGUUCCUGCGGGGGUAACAACUUCUCAAGGAGAACAGACUGUUACCGCUGCAAGGACCCCAAACCAGCGGAGGAGGAGAGUGCUGCUGUUGCUGGUACAUGGUAGUCACGUGUUUCUGGAGAUUUAAGAGUGUGGAGUGAGAAGAGGUUUAGAGGAGAAGGAGGAGUAACGAGACUCCAGAGAGACUGAGACUGCUGAGAGUCUUUUUUAUAUUCCUUGGUUCUGUAAAUUUUUACCUUUUACUUGUGAACCUGCUAAAAUGAGAAACUUUGUGUUUGGUAUUUUUAACCGCGCUGAAAGUACCAGGAUUUUAUCGAGAAGAGGAGAGUCUCCGGUGAGAUUUGAGUAUUUAUGACGUCAUAGGUAAUUUAAUAUGUGUUCUUAUCGUUGGCGGGAUGUGGAAGUUUCACUUCAAAACUAGAUAUUAAUAAUUAAAAUACCGUCUCCUGGAGAAUGCACAUUAUACCGGACACCCUUUUGAGGUGUGUAGUGUGAACGGUUUGGUGUUUUAAACAAACUCCGGUUUGUGUGUGCACUAGAGUUGGACACUAUCCCACGGCCCGGGGAGGGUUGAAACUUUGAUUAUGUUUGGGAUUUUGGUCAGGGUUUUAGGAUCGGGGUGGAAUAUUGUCUCCCAGCCUCUGGGCGAAUUCCUAAAUAUUUUGUGAUUUCUCUGGUAGCACUUCUUGGUAUGACGCUGAUUGUUCCUGAUACUCUUAAUUAUUGUUUUAGAGCUUUUUCGAAAGAUUGGUUUUUUAAAGGUUUCUUUUCAAAUUCAAAGAUCAAAAUCUUACUAUCAUAUUCAAAUUUACAUUGUUAUAGAAAACUAAUGACUGUAGCAAGACUAUAUUUAUCUCAUAUUUAACUAUCCACCUUAACAGCGCAUUCCCUAGCUCCCUAAAAAGAAGCACACAUGUCAGCUGAUGAUUCAGUCCCCGGAUCAGUUCCAAUUCCCGGAUCUCCCGAGAGAACCCGCUCAGCUUCCCCACCCGGGUCUCCCAACUUCUCCGGAAAAUGGAGACUGAAGGAGUCCGAGAACUUUGAUCCCUUCAUGGUUGACUGCAACGUUGGGUACCUGAAACGAACGGCCGCCGGGAUUGUCAGCUCGGAACACCACAUUGAACAGGAGGGAGAACACAUGAAGGUGGUGGUGAAAGCAGCUGGGUUAGGAUCCGGCAAACACCAAGAGUACGAUGUCGGGGGGACUUUCUCCGAGGUGGAGAUUAAUGGAGAGAGCGCUGAAGUGGAUACAACAUGGGUGGAUGAAGGAAUCAGGGAGUUGCACAGAACGGAGAGUUUUGAGUAUCUUCUUGUCAGACAGCUGGUGGAUGACGAUACCAUGGUCCUCAAUUUGGAGUCUCCAAAGGGGACGGAAGCUAAGCGAAUUUACAAGCGGAUAGAAUAAGUUUUAAUGUUAUUCCCUCGCUUCUUCUCUCUGCCACCCAACGAAAUACAGUGAUUUGAGAUGUGACUCUAGUUUUGAUAGAGCGUCCUGAAAAAGUGAAAUGAAGCAUUCAGCAAUUAAAUUAAUAAAUUAUUUGUAUUAAUGAACUCCUCUGUUAUGAGGAUAAUGUCAGUAUUCUUUAUUUUAUCCGGUUUCAUUCAAAGUUAACAUUACAAUUACCAUUUUUUUCCUCUUAGGAAUCAACUUUCAGAUGAAUCUUUGUAUAAAAAUUGAUGUUUUUAAAAGUACCGAGUUUGAACUUUCA